GAUUUGGGAAAUAAAGCCGUUCAUUCAUUUUUACGCAAAUCAACUCACAUCGCUCCGAUUUUACGGAAUGGAAAUCGCGAGAGGACCAUAAGAACAGCUACGGAGAGGGGUAAACUUGUAGUAUUGUACAUAGCGCAAUUCAAUCCCUAAAUUCAGAAGAGUAACCAUGGAUUACUCUUCGGAGAAUUACCAGUAUCAACAGUACCAGCCAUACGAUCCUUCUCAUCCUCAAUCUUACGAUCCAUCAACGGCAACCCAAGCUUACUAUGCCUAUACCAAUCAACAAUACGAUCAUCAUCUUCAACAACAUCACGCGUAUUACCCUCCUCAAGACUACUCGCACCAUUACCACCAAGGAAAUGAUCCGAUUCACCCGCCCGGCGUCCCUCUCCCGUACGACCCCACCCAGGACCAGCAGAAUGCCUAUUACGCACAAAGGGCUGUGGAGAAUCAGCAGCAGCUGUAUCACGGCUCGGAUCCUGGUGGUUUAAACUCGGGAUCAGCGGCUGCGAUGACACAGUAUGCGGGGAGCGUGACUGCAACACAGGGAGCUAUUCAACAGGAGAUUGGGCCUUCUACACAUAGGGGUGGAGGUAGAAAGCCCUUUCGAGGGGGUGGCCGAGGCCAUUUCGGAUAUCGUGGAUCCAAAAGAAGUGUCUCUGCAACCCCCUCUCGUGGCAGGGGACGUGGCCAGGGUGGUGGUAGGCACAUUCCUUCAAAUGGUGCUGCAUCAACAUCAAAUUCUGCUGCAGCACCAGCUGAAGGUCCUAAUGCUAGAAUGCCACCUUCAGCACUGGGCCUUGGGCAGGCUUCAGCUUAUGUUCCUGCACAAGUGCCUGCUGCUCCACUCUGGCCACCUCCACGUAUGGCUUGGUGUGAAAUUUGUAGGGUUGACUGCAACACAGUUGAAAUCCUAGAGCAGCACAAGAACGGUAAGCGACAUAAGAAGAAUUUGCGAGCACAUCAGAGUUUACAGAAUGGGAACAAGCUUGUACCUGGACAGUCGGAUGUACAAAUGCCCAUUUUGACAACAAAACCUGAAGUUGUCGAGCCUGAGAAGGUUGAGAGAUCUGAGGAGAAACAACCACUGCCUGAAAAUUUACCCUUGAAAGCUAGUGUUGAUGACAAUGUAAGGGAUACUGAACAGCAGAAAGAUAUUGAUGAGAAGUUGGAAGUACCCAUGGCAGCUUCAGCAGCAGAACCUGAAAGGAAGCCUAGUGAUCACUCUCGAGCACGAGGGCGUGGUUUCAAGCGUAAGAUCAGAGGGGGACGAGGGGGUAAAUAUGUUAGAAAUAAUGAAGGGCGACGAAGACCAGCUGAGCCUCCCAAGCCCAAAGAAGUAAUUCCAUUCAUCUGUGAACUUUGCAACAUCAAGUGCGAGUCAAAAGUGGUUUUUGACAGUCAUUUGGCUGGUAAAAAACAUCUAUCUAAUCUGAAGCGAUUUCAUGGCCAUCGAGCUUUAUAUGGAGAAGCAGGGCUCCAAGCACUGUAUCCUGCCAACUUCAGUGGUACACAGCCAUCAUCGAUCCCUCAAGUUCAACAAGGUGUUAAUGACCCACAGGUUGUUUUGACUCAGCUAUUGACAUAUGUGCUUUCUCAAGCCCAAACACCAGGGUUCAUAGCCUCACAGGUACAAGGGUUAGCUGCAGCACCAGCACCAGCUGUAAUGUCAGCAUCUAGUUUUGGAACCCAGCACUACCCUAACUCUCAAAGUCAAGGAUCACAAGCAACACCAGAAGUUGGGAGCAAAAUUCCAGCCAUGGUGGACGCGAUGAAUCAGAAGCAACCUGUAUCAGCGGAACUUGGCGUUCCACCCGCUGCAACAGCCAACAAAGAAGCAGAGAAUGGAAAUCCGGUAUCUGACGCUAAGGACGCAAGUCUUUGCCACAACAGCUCUGUGUCAGUACCACCGGAGAAGAGCAACUUAGGUGCCCAGCAAGUUAUUUCCGAACCAGUAUCUGAGAAAGAUUUUUGUCCACCGGAAUGUGAUAUUGGCUCCUCAGGUCUAGUUGCACAGCCAGGAAUGGAGGAUGAUAUGCAGGAACCAGGGUCAGAAUGAAGACCCGAAUAUAAUACAUGGAAUUUCAUCAUCAAUUCAACAGCUUGAGCUUCAAGCCCAGGGGAAGUAUUUCAUUUGGAACAUUAUGUGAUAUCCAUUUGUCUAUUUCAAUCUAAUUACUAUUAUGAUUGGCAAAUUUAAAAAUCAUAUGUACAACAGAAGAAUCUGCUGAAACUUCUGCCUCUGCUAUUGAAUGAUAUCAGGUUGGCCAGAUUUAUCAGUCA